UACACAUCGCAGUAUGUGAACCGAGGAACAUUUGACGCUCACGUAGUGUCAUGAGCAGUUGUUAAAGAAGACUAUCACGAUCCUAUUGCGUUCUCUGAUGCUUUAAUUCAUAGUUCGUUCAUAUAUAAUUCAGUAACUAAAAACGUAAUUACAUUUAUCCUUGAUUAUUAUUUGUUAUUCGAUCAGAUUUUUCGAGAAACGGAUAUCGACGAUAUGAUACGCUGAUUGGACGAGAGGAUUAUUGAUUUCGAAUUGGCCAAUGAGAAAAGGAUGUUUGAAAAGGUUAGAAGUACAGUAAGCUGAAUGGAUACGAAGAGAUUACGAUUAAAUGAUUUAUCCGCACUAUGGAUCGUCUUUAUUUUAUUGAUGAUAUCUCCGAGCUGUCAUGCAUCUUACAGCAUCGGAGUUGGCAUUGCAGAUUCAACCGGUCCACCUGCAGAAAUCGUAUUCAUGGGAUAUGCAAAGAUGGAUCAAAAAGGAUCAGGUAUUCAUCUUCGAACCUUUUCACGUGCGUUCAUCAUCGACGACGGCGAGGAGAGGUUUGUUUUCGUCAGUGUCGAUAGUUCUAUGAUUGGAAUUGAGGUUCGAAAAGAGGUACUAAAUAAAUUGAAAUCGCAAUAUGAUAACUUGUAUACGGAGAAAAACGUGAUGAUCAGCGGUACGCAUACGCAUUCUAGUCCAGGUGGUUUCAUGAUGGACGUACUUUUUGACCUUACCACGUAUGGAUUCUCCAAGGAAUGUUUCAAUGCCAUUGUAAAUGGUAUAACAAAUAGUAUCCGACGUGCUCACGAUUCAGUUGUACCUGGAAGGAUUUUUAUUACCCAAGGAGAAAUUUUCGAUGCAAAUAUAAACAGAAGUCCGAUCGCAUACCUUAAUAAUCCAAAAGAAGAAAGAGAUAAAUACGAUCAUGAUGUUGAUAAAACGAUAACGCAACUACAAUUCGUUGGUGUUGAUAACAGACCGUUGGGUGUUAUCAAUUGGUUUGCUGUUCAUCCGACUAGUAUGAAUAAUACUAAUCAUUUAAUAUCAAGCGAUAAUGUGGGCUAUGCAUCUAUACUUUUUGAAAAAAUGAUGAAUAAAGAUGCUAUGAUCGGCAAGGGUCCAUUUGUCGCUUCGUUCGCUUCGACGAACUUAGGCGACGUUUCACCAAAUACUCGUGGUCCAAAAUGCGAAUUUUCUGGAUUGAACUGUACCGAACAAUCCACUUGUCCAGGGAAAAAAGAAAUGUGUUUUGCAUCAGGACCUGGCAAGGAUAUGUUUGAAAGUACCAGUAUUAUAGCAACAAAACUAUUCAAUAAGGCGACGGAUCUUUGGAAGAAUGGUCGUCCGAAGGAAGUAGUCGGUCCGAUACGUGUUGUACAUCAAUUUGUUGAUAUGCCUAAGGAAUCUGCAACGUUUUAUAAUAAAACUACAGGAGAAUUUGAGAAAGUAUAUGGUUGCUUACCAGCAAUGGGUUAUAGUUUUGCUGCUGGUACAACUGAUGGGCCAGGUUCGUUUUCUUUCGAACAAGGUACCACGACUUCUAAUCCUUUUUGGAACGCAGUACGAAAUUUUUUAGCUGCUCCUACAGAUGAAGACAUUCGUUGUCACAGUCCUAAACCUAUUUUACUUGCCACAGGUCGAAUGAAGUUCCCGUACCAGUGGCAACCGAGAAUCGUUUCAACGCAGGUCGCUUUUAUUGGAAAUGUUAUUAUCGCUGGAGUACCAGGUGAAUUCACGACAAUGUCUGGAAGAAGACUGAGAGAGGCUAUCAAAACUGCUACGAAUAGCGUCACAUACGAUGAGGAUUACACUGUGAUAAUCGCAGGCCUUUGUAAUACUUACAGUGAUUACAUUACCACCCCAGAGGAAUACCAAAUUCAAAGGUACGAAGGAGCAUCCACUAUAUACGGUCCACAUACAUUAACUAUUUAUCUUAAAUUAUAUCAAAAUCUUGUAAUGUCUGCCAUUCAAAAGAAAGAAGUUAAUCCGGGUCCUAGCCCGCAGUAUUUAAGCUCGAAAAAAAUGAUCAGCUUUAUCACACCGGUUCUUUUCGAUGCGGCAAGCUGGGGAUACAAUUUUGGCGAUUGUGUGAUACAACCGAAUUCUGUCGUUUAUCCUGGAGAUAUCGUCAAAGUAUCAUUCAUCUCGGGACAUCCGCGAAAUAACCUAAUGACGGAUGAAACGUAUUUGAUAAUCGAACGAUUAGCGAUAAAUAACAAUACUUGGAUUACUGUUGCUACGGAUGCUGACUGGGAAACAAAAUUCGAAUGGGUCAGAAAAUCUGUUGUCCUUGGUUCGAGUCAGGUUUACAUUACCUGGGAAAUUCCAAAAGAUGUUAAACUUGGUGAAUAUCGUAUCAAACAUUUCGGAUAUUAUCGUUAUAUUCUAGGAGGCAUCUAUUCUUAUCAAGGAACCACUAAUAGCUUCAAUGUGGUCCAAUCUGAUCCUAAUAUCAGUCGAAUAAGAUAUUCCUAAAGACCAUCAAUUUGCCACGUAACAUUUGUUAUAAUCAUUUAACAGAUGAAACGAAUUACGCUUAAUUAUCUUGUCUACGAAUGUAUAUAUUUAUAUAUACAUAUAAAUAUGAACAAUAUUUACUUAUUAUGGGCAUUUGUAAAUUUUAAUUAACUUUCGAAACACG